AUGUGCUGCUUCCGUCCGUUUCUUUCUUUCCUGUGUUCACCUCCUCCACCAGGGGAUGUGUUUUUUGUGGAGACCUCGGAGCGAACUAACCCAAGUUACCUGUUCACAUGCUCUGUGGAGUCAGCGGCCCGGACACACCCUGGGACAAGGGUCGUGGUGCUCAUGAAGGGCUUGGCAAACGGUAACGCCUCAUUACCCAACCACUGGGGCUUCUCGUUGCUGAGCUGCUUCCCCAAUGUGGAAAUCCAGCCCCUGGACUUGCCGGAGCUUUUCUCAGGGACGCCUCUGGCAAAGUGGUACUUGCAGUCUGAGCACUAGAAGGAACCUUAUUUCUUACCUGUCCUGUCUGAUGCCUGCAGAAUUGCCAUCAUGUGGAAAUUUGGUGGCAUCUACCUGGACACAGACUUCAUAGUGCUUAGGAACUUGAAGAACCUCACCAAUGUGCUUGGUACCCAGUCCGAGUAUGUACUGAACGGGGCCUUUCUGUCCUUUAAGCCCAAACACGAGUUCAUGGAGCUUUGCAUGCAGGACUUUGUGGAUAACUACAAUGGCUUGAUCUGGGCGCACCAGGGCCCACAUCUCCUAACGCGUGUCUUCAAGAAGUGGUGCUCCGUCAGUAAUGUCCAGAACAACAUGAGCUGCAAAGGGGUGCGUGCUCUUUCCCCAGAAGCCUUUUAUCCUAUCUGCUGGGAGAACUGGAAGAAGUUAUUUGACACAAUCAGCUCCUCGGAGCUUCACAAGCUCCUUAAGAACACCUACGCGGUGCACGUAUGGAACAAACUGAGCCACGGGACAAGGCUAGAGAUCACGUCCCAGGCUUUGCUGGCUCAGCUGUAUUCUCAGUUCUGCCCUGCCACAUAUGCGAAGAUGAAGAAGGACCCUGAAGAGCAGUCAAGGCCUGUAAUGUGACCUGUGGGCCCUUGGCUGCAGGGAAGUUCCCCAACCUGAAGGAAACUGAGUGCCUUUCACCUUCCACGGAGCAAGUAUUCUGUGUGACAUCUCAGUGAUUUUGUACCAUUUCCAAGAUCUGCCUCAGAUCCUGCGUGCUUCAAAUAUACACCGGAACCUGAGUUUGGACUCUCUUGUUGUCCUUCAGUAGCCCUUGAUGCUGCAGGGAAGGGUGAACUUGUUCAUCGGUGCCUACCAGUUGCUCCUCCGUUGCUGUUCUCUCAAUUGUAUCAGGCCUGAAAUGCCUCUCGUGUAGUUUCAACAGCUGUAGGAACCCUUGGCUUGCUCUCUGUAACGUUUGCAAGUAUGUAAAUAAAUGCCAGCCAGUGCUAUAGGACACGGUUUAGAGGAGCUUAGGACCAAAUUCCCCGGGUGGUAAAGAUUCUUACGGCUGGUGAAGUUUUGGGAGAGACUGCGAGUAUAUGAAAGUUGCUUUAAGAAACGGAAAACAUUUUAAAUCCCUGCUCGGCUCAGUGUAAAGUUUUUCUUGUUUUCCAAAGGUACUUUAUUUCAAAUGCUCUUGUCUACUGUUUUACAUUCCGCAGCGAUAGGCUGACUUUUCUGGUCCU